AAUUCAAGCCGCCAGCUUUCGUCAACUACGUCCACCUCGCCUUCCGUACAGGCUGCAAACCCUCCUCCACCAGCGGCCAAAUUUGGACCUCCAAAAGGCGGGCACGCUUUGUUGCAUUUCGGCAACACCUGCGCCUUGUUGAGCUUUUCCAUGACAGACGUGUUUCUUCUGCGGUCUUUGGCUCUGGUGGCUACGACAUGCGGAGUCGUCUACAAUCUGACUCACUCUCCACCCCUUCGCAUACCGGCUCUCUGGGGCAUGGUCUUUCUGGCGGUGAACGGCACCAUGAUCCUCUCCUUGCUGUUCGAGGACGAGGAGAUCGCCUUUUCCAAGGAGGAGCUCGAGCUCUUCGAGGAGCAUUUCUUGCCCUACACCCUGACGCCGACCCAGUUCCGGCGCUUGCUGAGCACUGCUGAGUGGAAAGACGUGCCCGCCGGCACGGCGCUUGCCGUUGAAGGAGAGCCGCUGGACAGGCUGGUCCUGAUUGCGAGGGGGAAGGUAGCCGCCUUCGUCAACGGGGUGGGUGGCAAGGAGGGGCAGCGAAGGAGGGAGGGGAAGCAAGGAGUUGGAGGGAUCCCCAUCCAGUCUUUUUCUACUUUUCCUGGCGCCCGUGAGACGGAGAUAAACCAAGGCAUGGACAGCGGGGCUUGGAUCGGCGAGAUCAACUUCUUGGAUCAAGAGAAGAAGGACACGAACCUAUCCCGGAGUGUGACGCAUGCCAUCAACGGAGCUUUGAUCGGAAAGCUCCUGUCCUUCACCUCUCACACCAAGGAGGCCAAUAGUGAGGCAUACGAGGAGAUCAUGGCCACGGUGCUAGUUGAUAAUAGGGUGGAGCCCUCCGAGAAGGCCUUCAUUCGCGAGUAUAGGCAGAAACACGGCAUCUCUGAUGCGGUGCACCGCGAGACGUUGGCCAAGUUGGGUUGGAAGGUCGAGGAGUUCCAAGACGGCAGCAAGCAUGACAAGGCAUUCAGCCAUGAAACAGUGGGGGCUCUGCAACGGAUCAAUGAGGGGCUAAUUCGCCGGCAGACCAUCGAGUUGCAGCAGGAGGAGGAACGGCAGUUGGCAGAGGAGGAGGAGAAGGAAAUGCACCAGAGAGGGGAGGGACGAGUCAGCGAGGAUUGAGGGAUACUGAUGCCAAUUGGACCUUAAGCGAUAAUAGAAGGUUUAGAGCAAGAGGAGAGGAACUCGAGAGGGUGAAGAGUGAGAUAUACAUGGGGCAAGAAAAAAUUAAAUGGGAUUGACUGCGACAUGUGAAUCGCCGAGGCAUUAAAAUCAGCGAGCGAACCCUUUUUAGGGUCUAAAGCCGCCGUAAGGUGGGAAUUCAUAUCAUUCAGCACUGUGAAUAUUGAGAAAGAAGAUGAUGGCAAGGAAAAAAUGGGAAAGACUGUCGACGCGGCAGGGUGCAUGCAGUACGAUCAAC